AUGCGGUGUCUCUGGCAGAACAGCCUCGUGGCCCUCGGGUCACUGGCGGCGACGGCAGUGGAGGCACAGACGUAUAGCUCAUGCAACCCUCUAAACUCAAAUUCCUGCCCCGCCGACACUGCCCUGGGCAUGACCAUCAACGUCGACUUCACGCAGGGGGCGGUCAACUCGUUCGCCGCCUCGGGCUCGCCCACGUACGACAAGACCAACGGCGUGUCCUUCACGGUGUCCAAGGGCGGGGACGCGCCCCAGCUCGUGUCGCUCUUCUACAUCAUGUUCGGCCGGGUCGAGGUGACGAUGAAGGCGGCCCCGGGGGCGGGGAUCGUGUCCUCGCUCGUGCUCGAGUCGGACGCCCUCGACGAGAUCGACAUCGAGUGGCUGGGCUCCGACGCCGGCGAGGUGCAGUCCAACUACUUCGGCAAGGGCCAGGUGACGUCGUACAACCGCGGGCAGUUCCACGACCUCGCGGACACGCAGUCCAAGUGGAUCACCUACACCGUCGACUGGACAAAGGACAAGAUCGUCUGGAUGGCCGACGGCACCAUCCUGCGCACGCUGGCGGAGAGCCAGGCCGAGACGAACCAGUACCCCCAGACGCCCAUGCGGGUCAAGCUCGGCGCCUGGGCCGGCGGCGACCCCAACUACAACGCCGCGGGCACCGUCAAGUGGGCGAGGGGCCCGACCGACUACACCAAGGGCCCCUUCAGCAUGAUGGUCAAGAAGCUCGUCGUCACCGACUACUCGACCGGCAAGCAGUACAAGUACGGCGACACCUCGGGCGACUGGGAGUCCAUCCAGGCCGUCGACGGCAAGGUCAACGGGAACAUCAACAACAAGAAUGCCGUGACCGCGACGGCGACGGCCGUGGGAAGCGUCUCGACCGGCGUCGGCAUCCCCGUGGGGGGUAUCGGCACCGACAAGGCUGCCACCGCCACGCAGACUGGCUGGCCUUGGUCUGCCACCGCCACAUCGGCCGGUGCCAUCCCCUCCGGCUGGUACAUGACCUCGGAGGGCAAGAUCAUGCGCGAGGCAUCUGGCUCCUCAGUCAAGCCGCCAGGGCUCUUCUGCGUGCUCUUGGCCCCAGCCCUCGGAACACUUCUUCUGGUCAUGCGGUUGCUGUAG